GUGGUUUCCACCUUGUGUAAUUUUAAUAAAUAAUUUCUUUUAUACAUUCGCUCAAGUUUGAGGAUUGGAUAUAAAACAAUAUUACUAUUAAUUAGUAUACAACGAAAAUAUAAAUAGACCCUUUGGUGUAUGAACGAGGAAAAAGUGCGCACGCAUCGGGAUGUGAAAGGGCGUAAGUUGACGACGGCGCACUAGGGUUGGCCUACAGUCGACGAUCAAUAGCCGCGCUGACGUCAGUGUAGUGUCGCGCGCUAUUGGUUCCCCCGGCAUUAUUAAAUAAACCUCCGGAGCGAGUGGCGCGCUAAGCGACGCGCCGCGGGCACAGCACCGCAGCACGCGGCGGGCCCGCGCACCGCUCGCGGCUCGCCGCCGCCCGCCAUGGACGACAUGCCGGACCUUUCACACCUCACGCCCGAGGAGCGCGCGAUCAUCGAAGGUGUCAUAAUGCGUCAGCGACAAGAGGAGCAGCGAGAACACGAGAUUAUGAGGUGUGCCCUUGUCUUGCGCCCCGCGGUCCGCCUCCACCUCCACUAACUCCCACCCACCCCGCUCGUUAUAUCUUUCUACUUACUGCACCAUAUGUGACAAUGUUGUGAACGUGCUUCCAAUUUCCAUGUUACUUCAUUACAAAUAAUAUAAUUUGGUUGUUGAAACGUUUUCUUUUUUGUAAUAAUUCAAGUGUAUUUUGACUAUAACAAGUUUAAUUGUUAUGGAAUCUGGGUAUUGACGUGUAUUCAGUGCCUCAUCUGCGCGAACCAGCAAUCGUGAUUACGUAUAAAUACGUAAACAAGAUGAAGUGGCAGUGCUCGAGCAAUCAAUUCGCACGAGGAAUGAAAUGCAACGAGCAGCAGGUGUUGAGCUCGCGGCCACCUGUCACAUUUGCUUGAAGACUAAAUUUGCUGAUGGUGUCGGACAUUCCUGUCACUACUGCAGAGUUCGGUGUUGCGCGAGGUGUGGCGGAAAGGUUACUUUGCGCUCUAACAAGGUUAUAUGGGUUUGCAUACUCUGUCGCAAAAAACAGGAACUAUUAUCAAAAACUGGUCAAUGGAUACACAAAAGUGCCGGUCAAGACUCUAUGCUAUGGCGCAUGGAAUCAGAUUUAAGAGGCUUACCACCUCAAGGAGAUACCUCAUUGGAUAAGAGACCAAAGUUAGAAAGGGCACACAGUGCCGCAGAAAAGGAAAAUCAACCUUUACAAAGAUCAAGCAGUGCACUGCGACGACAGUACAGUCAACAGGAGGCACGGUGUUACGGGGAGCUCGAAGGACUGGCCCGGACCCAUCCACAUCUUGUGCACGCUAAACAAAAAGCGUCUUACGGUGUUGAGGAAACAGGACUCCAGAUGCUGCCACCUCAGGGCACACAACUGCUGCCACUGCCACACGCGCUCGGGUCGCAUCCGCCGUUGCCGCCUCGCUCGUCCUCUUCGGACGAUGAGGUACCGGAGUGUGUCUCCGAUGAGAACGACGAGUAUCGCGACCGUGGACAACUUGAGGCGUGUUCAUCUCUCCGGAACCCACACCUGCGCAGUACCAGCGUGGCUGCCAACAAUUAUUACAAUUUCACUAAUCAUUCACCGGCUUCGUACAUGCCGGAGGCGCGCGGAGCGUUCGAUACGGCAAGGACGGCACCGGCUGGCGGUCGUAGCUUCGACUCAGUCACAGAUUGUCGGUGGCGCGCCCGUGAUGAUGGCGAGGGCUCGUACUUGCGACCCUACGUCACUGAUGGGGGUCCGCGUCCCGAUCGUGCCGUUUAUAAGAGUGCUUACUUGUGGGAAGACUCCUCCGAUAACAGACGUUUCACGGAAAGGAGAAAAAAAACAGUCCGCUUCGACGGCCACGAAGGUGCUGCGACGUUCCCUCGAGGGGGUCGCGAUGCAUCUGGUGGCCCGCAUGAAUGGGGCUCCUUACGCUGGGAGUCCGAGAGACAGACUAGCCAGGACUCUGCCACCAAAGACUCGGGCAUCGAUACGUCUAGCACUUUCACUUCCAGCGAAGACUCGAACAGGGGCGAUUGCCCUAAGUUCCCACUUAACUGGCAAGUCUCCGCUGACGGAACCCGAAUGGUUGGCCAUAUGGUUUUGCGGAAGAGUUUGAUGGAAGGAAGUUCCAAUUACUCUUCAGCAAUUCUGGGACUGAAAGUAGUUGGAGGAAAAAUUCUACCGGACGGGACACGAAGUGCUGUCGUUGAAAAAGUGAAAAAAGGUUCCAUUGCCGAUUUGGAAGGACAGCUAAGAAUAGGAGAUGAAGUAUUACAAUGGAACGGAUAUGCGCUUCAAGGUCGUACAGCAGACGAAGUAGCUACAAUCGUAGCCAACAGUAAACAUGACUCGCAUGUCGAACUCGUAGUCUCGCGGUCGCUGGCGCCCAACAGAACUGUCCAAUCUUGGAGAGCGCAUAAAGAAGUUUACACUGAAAUCAUGGGUGGAUGCGAGAAGCCGAGCGUUUUGGUGACUUCGCCUGGCUCACCUGACAUCCACUCUCGGCGCCGCUCCGCGCGACACAAUCACAACAUAAGCGUCACUGGUCGCAUUCAGUUAAAAGUUAACUUCGACAUCCCGGCACUGCAACUGCUUGUAACAGUGUUAUCAGCUACUGGCCUUAGCUCCAGGGCAGAUGGUUCUCCGCGAUGUCCGUAUGCUAAAGUAUUUCUGCUGCCCGAUAAAAGCGAAAAGAGCAAACGCCGCACCAAGACCCUCGCAAAUACCCUAGAGCCGAGAUGGAACCAGACCUUUGUGUAUUGUGGAAUUCGAAUAACCGAUAUCAAGAAACGAACCCUAGAGGUCACUGUAUGGGACUUAAAUCGUUACGGCCCAAACGAUUUUCUCGGUGAAGUUCUUCUUGAUUUAGACAAUAUUAUUAAUCAUGAACCUACCUGGUACCUGUUGAAACCACACGAAGAAAUAGUUAGUUAUGGGCGGUACCGCGACGAUGACGUGGACGGGGAGCACCUAUCGCCACCAUCCACGUCGACGUCGCGUCUCUCAGAUUCCGACACUCCGAGCGAGUGCGACCUGCGACGUCAUCAUUCACUUUCCAGCCUCGCCUCCAGCUCGAGUCCUCCGCCCCCGCAUGAGAUUGAAGGAACGCGAUGUAGCCGUCGGGACAUGUCACCGGCUGGUCGGGUGAGAACCGCCGGCAUGUCCAGAGAUCGAAGUGGGUGCGGCGCACGCUCGCAGUCGGCGGCGGGCGGGCGCAGCGCGUCGCCGCGGCGCUCGCUGUCGCCGCCCGCGUCGGGGCCGCGCUACACUCACGACGCACACGCCUUACUGUGCGAGGAGCGUGGUGACACCCGGCUGCCGACGCAUGCUUACGCGCCGCGAUUUCAAUCCCGGUCCGCCACUGCCACUCCCACUACUAGCCCUAAGAAGCGACAACUGCCGCAAAUACCACACCAGCAGAGUGGGCAGAGGGCGAUGCGCGCGCAAGUGUCUGCGGAUCUUGAAGAACGUAAGUGGAUCGCCCCGCACCACAUUGGCGCCACACUUACCUACCGCAGCACGCCACAAGGCUGGGAGAGACACUAUGCAGGGUUAUCUGACUCUGAGCUCGCGGCGCGAGGCGGCGGCUGGGCGCCUCGGCGUCGCCUCUCGCCUGACGCGACCGCCGCCGACUCAGACCUCGAGUCUGUCGCCUCCGUCACCUCUAGUGCAUUCAGUACGCAAUCUGAACGACCUCGUCCCACAAGGAUGCUAAGCCGGAUGCAAACGCUUCCCACUUAUAGCACUUCCUCCUUUUGUAAUAGUUCUCCAUCCGCCCUUGAGUAUCAUUACGAUGAGUCGGCGGUUGGGACAGCUAACAGUACACAAGAUUUUUUGCAAUAUAGUUGUAUUACACCAUCGGAAAAAUCGCGUCGUGCACGUCCCAACCGCCGUCAACGUCGCACCUUAGCACGCAGUCGUUCUGCUGGUGCCUGUCCUAAAAGCUCAACUGAAUUAAGUAAUAGAUAUAAUGAAUAUCUGGAACUGAAUAGUUACAGUGAUGAAAUAAAAUAUAAUAAUUCAAUUUAUUGUAAUUCUGAUGUAUUUUUUACACAAGAGAAUAAAAUGUCGACACAUCAUAUGCCUAGUAAAAUACGUGCACACAAAAUUCCUAUUAAAAGAAAAUUUCAAAAACAGCCUACACCGUACUUCCAAAAUAUAAACGACAUGACUGAAAACAAUAUACACCAAAAAUAUGAUGAAUUAAAUAGAGUACAAAACAAAAUACUUAACUCAGAUGAUAUAAAAAUACUACAAAUGAGAACAUUGCCUGAUAUUCCUCUUUUUGAAACUUCUAACGAAACAAAUUUAAAUGAUUUAAGCCGUGAUACUCAUUUAAUAAAUAAAGAUGAGAACAGUCACCACUAUCACGGUUAUGCAAGUGAUGAUAGCAUACCAGAAACUACAAUACACAUUAGUUUCGACAAACAAAAUAGCAUAGACAUAGAACCUUAUAACAUACACCGGGAUGUAACUUUAAGUCCAAAAGUUUAUGAUUUGCACAACAAUUCUCAUUCUUGUCCUUUAAUUAGAGAUAUCGAUAGGAAUAAUUUUUUAUCGUUAGACCUAAGAGCAAAUUGUAAAGAUCAUAUUUACUUCUCAGAAUAUAACGAUACGAGUGAUGAAUUUGGGUAUAACGACAAAUAUAGAAUAUCUAGUAAAAUCUAUAGAAGUUCUUCAGACUCAAUGGUUUCAACUAGAAGUUCUCCUCCUAACUCGAAACCUGUAACACCUGACGAAAGUAAUUCCAUUUUUAAAAAAAUGUACCUACCCAAUGUAUAUAACCAGGCUCCUGAAAGUAUGCGCAUUAAGGAUUAUAAUACAACUAGUACUUAUAAAAAUGUGGGCAAAAACAAAACACCAUCGUAUAAUGUAAAUGAAAAAAAACAUCACUCUGCAAAGUCCUUACCUAACCAGCGUAGUAUAGAUAAUUCAUUAAACAACUCAUUGUGUAUCGAAAAUAAUGCUUACUCCCCGGCUUUUCCUAAAGCUGAAACCUACCACUUAAUCCCAGAUUAUAGUAAAAUGGCUAAUUCUUUAUCUGUUGGUCUUUCUCCCACGAACCUCGGCUCGCCCUGUGGUCUGCUUACAUCCGACGCCCCGCACUUACCACCCGAUGACACUCAUCACAAAACUAACGAAGCGACGACAUACCUUCCUGGGGAUGAUGACUCUACUAUUGCUGAAAAAACUAAACAAACUCGAAUGGCGCGACAUGGGGAGCCUGAUUCAAAACGAACAAACGAAAAAUCUUCAAUGGAAAACACGAACAAAAAUUCUGAUAUCAACUUCGAUACCACUGAAUUGGAAUGCAGUAAUGAUUACGGAGGACGUGAAAAUGGUCGCAAUCAUAGCAAACAACAGCCCCUCGAAAGACGCGAGUCAAGGCGAGGACAAUUCACUAGAAGUCUCAGCAAUGCUGAUGUUCCUCCUGAUGAAAAAGCAGAUGGCAGCCUCAGUGACACCGCUCUUGGCGGAACAAGUGAAAUAGAACCUGCCAACGAUGACGUUCUACUUAAAGCUGAACCGAGAGAUUACUUUGGGCCCGGCAUGGGGAAGAAAAGCAACUCGACGUCGCAACUUUCAGCCACAGGAAGGAAAAGAAGGUUAGGUUUCGGUAAACGUGGGAAAAAUUCGUUCACGGUUCAACGCAGCGAGGAAGUGGUGCCCGGGGAAAUGAGGGGGGGUACCGGCGUCUCGCGAGCCUCCUCAGCCUCAAGCGAGAACGACGACGGCAGAUUUUCCCCUGGGAUGCGAGGCUCGGGGUCUUCCGAUGGAGGUGGCUUAUCGAACUUUAUAGACGGGUUAGGCCCGGGGCAACUGGUCGGUCGGCAGCUUCUAGGCGCGCCAACAUUAGGCGAUGUACAACUCUCCAUGUGCUAUCAAAAAGGAUAUCUUGAGGUGGAGGUAAUUCGUGCGAGAGGGUUGCAAGCUAAACAAGGAAGUCGAACUCUGCCUGCCCCAUACGUAAAGGUGUACGUAGUGAGCGGCAAACGUUGCCUCGCUAAGGCAAAGACCGUCACGGCGCGACGCACUCUCGACCCACUCUAUCAGCAAACACUCACCUUUAGGGAACACUUUAAGGGAUGUGUUUUGCAAGUAACUGUUUGGGGAGAUUAUGGUCGUAUAGAGGGAAAAAAAGUUUUCAUGGGCGUGGCGCAGAUUAUGCUAGAAGAUCUCGAUCUCUCGAACCUCGUCAUCGGAUGGUACAAGCUAUUCGGAACAACGUCACUGUAACCAAAGUGCAGCAGUGGCUAGUGUGUUCGACGAACUUAUAUCAAUACAAUAAAUAUUAACUUUGUCCAAAAAUACAUUUAGUGAUACUGCUUUAAUAUCAUGAUAAACUGCAAAUAUCUUGUUCAUAGGUAAUUUUCUAUAAAACGAAAGUUGUAUGUAAAUUAUUUGUAUUAUUAUUUUAUUUUGGAAUGCCUACCGGAGUUUUGAAUAGUUAGCAUUUUAUAGCAAGAAAAUAAAAUGUAUAGUGUACUCGAUAAUAUGUAAUUAAGUAUUAAAAGCCAAAUGCUA